AUGCCCGACCUAAAGUACGGCCAUGGUCAGUUCAGGGGUCGAGUACUACAGCAAUGGAUUGAAGGUGAGAAAGUCGAAUCAGAGGUCUGUCCAAUUCAGCCAUGCAAACUUGUUUUUGCUGAUCUUCUUCAAUGGAAGCCAAUCUUCAACGAAAAUGCUGUGCCGCUGCCAGUGAAAGACAAGGCAAGGGAGCUUGGGGUAUGGCCAGAAGAUCUUAACAAUGAAAAUAGCUCUUGGCGCAAGUUUCGUAUAGCACCCGUCGACCCUAUGAAGGUGCUGAACUUCAAGGACAGAUGGGGAGGAAUGACUGGACCUGGUGUUAUAUUUACUGACGAAAUGUUUAGGAAGGAUGGACAUCACCCAUCCGAGAUCAUGAAGGCAGUCUAUUGGAAGGAUUUUGCACAGACCAGUCUCAAGCAUGUCUUCGUGCUUGACAUCAAAAACCCCAACACCAAAUCGAUCGUCAGAAAGAUCUACAAAGAAGGAAACUCGCUCGGAUAUCCAGAUCCGCGGUUGCAGGGCAGGGUCUGGGAAUGGGGCACCCCAGAAUACCAGGCCCUUCUCGGAACAGAGAUUGGGAAGGUCGUGGCCUAUUUUGUGCUCGGGGCUUUCGGAAAAGGUAAGCGUCGCAUUGUCCGGGUUGUGUCCUGGGCCUUGCCUGGAAAUCCUUCCCUGGAGUUCGACAUUGAAAAGAUCGAUCCUGCAGCCGCUCCUAGUGGGAAAUCAUCAGCCACUACCAGCUUACAAACAGGGGGGAAAGAUAAGCGUCGACUUUCAGAUGACGCAAAGGACGAGACAACUCCAGAUCUUAGAGCUAAGCGCAGGAAACUAGACUAA